AUCUUUAUUCAAUAUAUAAAGCAUCGAAAAUGAUAAACCGGUGUUCAGAUUAAUAUCCAUUAUGUGUCAACCGAUAAACGUUUUUUAUGUUAAAAGAGAAGUGAGUAAAACAACCAAUUGGAUGAAAAUUUUAUAUUCUUUUCAAUGAUUCAUAAUGUCAAACUCCGGGGACUCGGCAGCUUGUGCAGGCUCAUCAUAGCCAUCGAGGAGUGCUCCGAUAUACGCUCGGAGCAUUGUUAUUGCUCUUUGCUGUUGUUACUAAAGAGCAUCGAAAGGGUCAGGAUGUCUUCAGCGAAUCAAACUUUGGAAGAAUUGACUUCAGAAGCUGUGGCGAUCAGGUUACCUGUUCGAGUCUUCACAGGAAUUGUAGCUGUUUUCGGUGCUAUAGGAAACAGUCACGUGUUGUAUCUUUAUUACACUCGGUUUAAAAGAUCAACUUACAGGUGGUUUGUCUUGUCGCUGGCUGUCAUUGACAUGACCGGAUGUUGUGUUUCCAUGCCGUUUGAAAUUGUGGACGAAUCCUUGCCGCAUUCCUUCAGCGAUCCAGUGUCGUGUAAGUUAUUUCGGUUCGUUAAUUAUAUCGUAGCUCUUACGUGUGCGUUUACAUUAGUCUUAAUAGCAUCGGAACGAUAUAGAAAAAUUUGCAAACCUUAUGGAAAACAAAUGAGUGAAAGACGGGCCAAGAAAUAUGUAAUAGCUGUGAUUGUCGUAACAUUUAUCGUGUCAGCGCCUGUGCUUUACAUAUACGGACCUAAAACUAUUAAAAUAAAUGAAUUUUUUUACGGCAAGGAAUGCACGUGGGGUGACCACAUGGCUGACCAUUCAACAUUUGGGUAUGCGUAUGCAGGUUUCCUAACUCUCAUUAUCGUAAUCUGCAUGUUUUGUCUGAUUGUUAUAUAUUCUAUUAUUGGAUUGAGAUUGAAGAAACAUGAACGUCAAAUGAGGGCUAGGCUAAAUAGGAACCACCGUAAUUCGGUGAAAUUAAACCGCACGUUUUGUUCCUCAAGUGACCUCUUUAAAAUGAAAUCGUCUGUGAGCCCAAAUAGCGCACAACGUCUGUCUCACAGCUGUGAGGAAUUAUGUGAUUCACCAAAAGUGCAUCUUACAAAUUUUAGUUUCUUCCAGCAAAGCUACACAAAAACCAAUGCUACACGCCAGGAACAAGAGAAUGAUUGUGACGUCAGAGGCAAAAGUGAAACAAGCGAGGAAGGACAGGGAAAACGUGAUGAAAAUAUAAACAUUUCAAACCACUCGAAAACCAAUGUAAUAAAAGAGGCAAGCAAUUUGGUAAACAACCCGGAUGCAAAAACUGCCACUCCUGCUCCCGAGGAAACAAGAAACCUGGACAUGAAACUUCUCAGCAAAUCCUUUCCUGUUGAAAGAAAAGAGAAGAAUAUAACAAAAGUGCUUGUGGCCAUCACUUCUCUAUUUGUUGCCAGUUUUCUUCCCUACAUCAUCGUGGUCAUUGUAUUUUUUACAAAUCCACAUUAUGAAAACAACAUGACAUCAUCUGAACUGGUGCUGUACCUGACUGGCUUCCGGUUAUAUAACAUUAACAAUAUGGCAAAUCCAAUAUUUUAUUUCUUAUUUGACUUGAAAUUCCGGGAGGAGUUUUUAACUUUUUAUCGAUCUUUUUGUGGGGAAAGCAUUGGACUUUGUAAACUGUAGUGUAACUUUAUAACGUUUUACAGUUAUGAUGUAAACUCUUUACAGUUUUCGUCCCUCUCCUGUGUGCAGGACGCCGUGAAUGUAUUCAGUAUUUGGAAACUCCAUAUUCAGCCUAAAGACCAUAAUUGUCUCGUUCUUAUUAUAGUCGAUAUUGUGUUUUCAAAUAACGAGGUUAUAUUUUUGUUACGAGGUUAAUUCCAAGAAUAUCUACUCUUUUCUUUAAAUGUGUAUCAUUAUAGAUGACAUGUAUAUGCACUGAACAAAAGUGGUUACUAAUUUUCUAAUAUGUUGAAAUAGUAAAUGUACGAGUUAAUGGCAAAUUUCAUUUUAUAAGUGAUUGACACGUGAAACAAACGAUGGAUGUUUACGAUAUUUUUAUCAUGGUUUAUCUAGAUAGAAUAAUAUACAACAAUUUAUUGAGCUGCGGCUGGGGAAAAUGUUACUUCGUAUUCCUCUUUAAAUGUUUAUCUCGUAAAUGAAUUGAUUACAAAGAAACUAAUCAAUGUGUGUAUCCAAUAUUUGAGGGAAAUAAAACUGUACAUCUGU